CAUCCAGGCAGGGGAGUCCGCCAUGCUGUGCACAGAUGGCAUGAAUGUUCUCUUCAUAGUAGCGGACGAUCUGCGUCCUGCUUUGGGCUGUUACGGUGACAGUCUUGUGAAAUCUCCAAACAUCGAUCAGCUUGCAUCUCGCAGCGUUGUGUUCCAGAACGCAUACGCUCAACAAGCCGUAUGUGCUCCGAGCAGAGUGUCUUUUCUAACGGGACGCAGGCCCGACACCACCCGGCUUUACGAUUUCCACUCCUACUGGAGAGUACAUGCGGGAAACUAUUCCACAAUACCCCAGUACUUCAAAGAGAAUGGCUACACGACCCUGUCCGUGGGGAAAGUGUUUCACCCUGGGAUUUCUUCCAAUCACAGUGAUGACUAUCCAUACAGUUGGUCCAUGCCACCUUUUCAUCCCUCUGCUGAAAAAUACGAAAACAGUAAGACGUGUAAAGGAAAAGAUGGAGAGCUUCAUGCCAACCUGGUUUGCCCUGUCGAUGUGACUGAAGUGCCUUUGGGUACCUUGCCAGAUAUACAGAGCACCAAGGAAGCCAUACGCUUGCUGAACCUCAUGAAAAUAAAGAACCGUAAAUUCUUCCUGGCUGUCGGUUAUCACAAACCACACAUCCCCCUGAGGUAUCCGCAGGAGUUUCUCAAGCUGUACCCGAUGGAAAACAUCACACUAGCCCCAGACCCUCAGGUGCCUGCAGAACUGCCCACUGUGGCGUAUAACCCCUGGACGGAUAUCCGACAACGGGAGGACGUCCAGGCGUUAAACAUCAGCUUUCCUUAUGGACCAAUUCCAGAAGACUUCCAGCGGCAGAUUCGUCAGAGCUAUUUUGCUGCAGUUUCUUACCUGGAUACGCAGGUUGGCUUGCUACUGAACGCCUUGGAUGAUGCUGGGCUCUCGAAUAACACAAUUGUGAUGUUUACGGCUGAUCAUGGAUGGUCUCUGGGUGAACAUGGAGAAUGGGCGAAAUACAGCAAUUUUGAUGUCGCCACCCGCGUCCCACUGAUGUUCUACGUACCAGUGGUGUCACUGCUGUUGGAAGCGGACUUUGUAGCUCCAGGAAAAGCCAAAAAAAUGGUUGAGCUUGUGUCUGUCUUCUCAACACUGGCUGAACUUGCAGGCCUGUGGGUUCCUCCAGCAUGCCCUGACGCUUCAUUUCAUGUUGCGCUCUGCACCGAGGGGCCGAGUGUUGUCCGGCAUUUUAACGCCACUGACGAGGAUGUCUACGCUACUGCCUAUGACAGUGACUAUGACCUUGAAGAUGACUAUGAGGAGCCAAUAGCUUUCAGCCAGUAUCCACGGCCUGCAGACACUCCCCAGUGGGACUCGGAUAAACCAGAGCUGAAAGACAUAAAAAUCAUGGGGUAUUCCAUGCGCACUGUUGACUAUCGCUAUACUGUGUGGGUUGGGUUUAAUCCCAGUAACUUUAGUGCUGAUUUGCAGGAUGUUCAUGCUGGAGAGCUGUACAUGGUAGGAAGUGAUCCCAAUGAGGAUCAUAACAUCUAUAACAGUAGUUUGCAUGGGGACCUGGUCAAAAAAUUUCUUAGGUUCCUCAGGCGUUAGGGGGGUGCGUGCGGGGCGUGCACUCUGGAUGCUGAAGUAAUAUGACACUUUCCUUUUUUAUUUGUGUGUAAACUGUGUGUUUUGCACAAAGCAACGGGCUGAAUUAAAACCCUCUUUGUACAAAAA